UCAAGAUCCUAUCUAUCUAUCCCAUUUCCUUAGCUUCAGCACAUAAAGCAGUGGAGACUAGAGAGCAAGGAGAAGAGUUUCCGCUGUUGCGGCGUAGCUCCCGAAUCCAUCAAUCUAUCCUUGUUCCCUCGAAUCCGUUCAGAGAUGGACAGGGAUAAAUUGAUGAAAAUGGCAGGUGCAGUUCGUACUGGUGGCAAAGGGAGUGUGCGCAGAAAGAAGAAGGCUGUUCAUAAGACUGCGACAACUGAUGAUAAAAGGCUUCAGAGUACAUUGAAAAGAGUCGGGGUAAAUGCUAUCCCUGCCAUUGAAGAAGUAAAUAUUUUCAAAGAUGAUACUGUCAUUCAGUUUACUAACCCCAAAGUGCAAGCUUCAAUUGGAGCAAAUACUUGGGUUGUCAGCGGUUCUCCUCAGACAAAAAAUCUUCAGGACCUGCUGCCCGGGAUAAUCAGCCAACUGGGCCCUGACAACCUGGACAACCUGCGGAAAAUCGCCGAGCAGUUCCAGAAGCAGGCACCCAGUGGUGCUGCUGCAACUGCUCCGGAGGACAAUGAUGAUGAUGUUCCACAACUCGUGCCAGGAGAGAACUUCGAGCAAGCUGCCGAUGAGAAGGAAACUGCAUAGAGAUCACAACUUUUUUUUUUUCCAUCUUUAAAUUCUCGGUCAUGUGCAAUCCAUUCCCACGGGUGAAGGAAUUGUGUCAGCGUGAGUGUUUCUGUAGCUUACUCCAUUGAACUCUGCUAUGUGAGCUUACGCUCACUAACACCAUCUUGUUUUCAGACUUAAAUUAUUAUGACUUGUUUUAUAUCUAAUGCUUAGCCAAACAAUUUGAUGCCCCUCUAUGUGGUAAAGUUAUACUAAGGUUGUGAGCUAUAUUUUAUAA